AUGGUAUCCAACGCCCAGGGAUCUCCCGUGAAGGCAUUUAUUGUUGAGGAUAUUCGAGUUUGUACCUUCGUUCUCUCUGCGAUGUUACGCAUGUUUAACUGCGAGAUUGUUGUGGCUAAUAAUGGGAAAGAAGCUCUGGAUUUUUUCCUUGAAGGGAAGAAGUUUGACAUUGUUUUGUGUGAUAAAAACAUGCCCAUAAUGUCUGGACCUGAGGCAGUUAAGAAGAUCCGUGCUCUGGGGGAAACUGAUGUGAUGAUUGUUGGGGUGUCAGCUGAUGAGAAUGCCAUGGAGGCGUUCAUGAGUGCUGGUGCCGAUGUGUUUGUGGACAAACCAAUGAAAAUCGAGACUCUCGAGACUAUGAUUCAGGAGGUGAUGAACAAGAAGAAUGCCAUGAUCUAAGGGCAAUCUAGCUUGCUGGAGACAAGCAAAAAAUAAAAUUUUAAAGUUGUAUAUGUAUGAGCAUGUCUCCAUUGUUGUGUGUUUGAUUAAUUUCGAGGUUCAUGUUAUAGGCCUUAAUUAGCCAGGAAAAUAAGA